AUGGAGCUGCCCCGGGCGCCCUGCAGAGCUUGGGACGUUUGUCUCCUCAAAGCUUUGCUGGCUGAGUUUAUGGGCACCGGGAUCUUUCUCUUCACCGGCUUGGCCUCCAUCACUCCUUGGACUCAGCCUGCCGUUGACCCAGGGAAUCCAGGCAUCACUGCCCAGAGCCAGUCCUCCGGGGCUGGUUCUGAGCCGAGCGGUACCGUGUCCUCAGCCGUUGCUGCCACCCCCAGCCUGGGGGACGUGGGGACGCAGGCUUCUUGCAGCUUGGCCUCCCCCAACCCGCUCCACGUGUCGCUGGCCUUCGGGAGCUCGGGAGCUCUCAUGUCCUACUGUGCCUUGCCCCUGAGCGGCGGCCACCUGAACCCGGCGGUGACCGUCUCCAUGCUGGUGGCUGGGAAAGUGAGGCCAGCCUGGGCCGUGUGCUACAUUCUGGCACAGCUGCUCGGGGGCAUCGCCGCCUCGGCUGUCCUCUACGGGCUGACUCCAGAAUACGCCCGGGGGCAGAUGGGUGUCAACAAGCUGGCUCCGGGGGUCUCGCUCCCGCAAGCCCUCGGCAUAGAGGUGAUCAUCUCCUUCCAGCUGGUCCUCUGCAUCCUCGCCACGUCCGGGAGCAAGAGAGACCCUUCCAAGGGCGGGCACCUGGUCAUCGGGCUCUCUGUCAUGCUGGGGCACCUGGUUGCCAUCGGUUACACCGGAUGCAGCAUGAAUCCCGCCCGGUCACUGGGCCCCGCUUUGAUUACUUUUGAAUUUGCUAAUCACUGGGUUUUCUGGCUGGGCCCGCUUGGCGGGGGUCUGGCCGCGGCCGUUCUCAACGAGCUGGUGCUGGCCCCGACAGGCAGCGGUUUCCGCCAGUGGCUGACCAGGCUGCAGGAGGGACCAAAGGCUGAGCACAAGCUGCAAUCCAAGGCUGAGAGCAGCCCCCAAGAGAUGGGAUUGAGCGAGGCGCCCUGAGGAGCAAGGGCAGGGAUGUACCACGAACAAUGCAGUCUCGUGUCUGGGGACUGAUGGACCAUGGGAAGUGUCCAGGAUGCUCCCUGUCGCUGCCCCUGUGCUCAGAGCUGGGAUAUUUACUAGGUUUAGAUCACUGGGGGCAUAUUUCUUUUGUUGCCCUCUGAAACCCAGGGUGGAAAUGGUUUGAUUUUUUUCGUGCCCUUCCCAGUUUGCUGCCCAGAUUUCCCCCAAACCCAGCGAAUUUUCCCAGCUCUUGCUCUUACUGAACUGGGGGUGUGCACCCGUUACUUUGCUUUGCCAGUGAACAUGCUGCUAUCGCUCCUCCUGGGAAUCCCGACUUGCAUUGUGUCCAUUGCCAUAGUCGUGCUGAAAUACCCAGGACAUUUUUCAUACUGAAUAAUCAGUUUGGGUUUUUAGUGGGAAAAGAUGGAGGUGAAAUGGCCCAGUUUUCACGUGCCUGUCUGUGUGAAGGUCUUUCAGCCCUCCCCGGCAGUGCCAUUGCGUGUGAGACAUCAGCCAUAUGCCCCCUGCCCGCCCAGACUUAAUCAAGACACUGGAUUGAUGGCUCUUUGCAACCAUCUGUAACCCACUAUCCCUCCUUUGUCCUAUGACUGUGUAGGUGUUAACUCUGGCCUCUUGCACUCCCUUUGUGUUCCACCCUCGGCUCCUUCCCCAGACCCGAAGAAGAGCUCUGUGGCGCUCGAAAGCUUGUCCCGUCCACCAACAGAAGUCGGUCCAAUCAAAGAGAGCCCCUCCCCUGCCUUGUCUCCAGAACAGAAAGAGAAACCUGCCCCGGGGAAUGAAUGUCAAUUAAUGGAAGUGCUGCUAUUCAAAGGGCACUGUCAGGGUAGCUGGAAGCACCUGGGGUGUUAACCCCGUCCAUUGCUGGAAUGAACAGAAUUCAGAUCUAUAUGGGAUUGUGCCAGCUGCUGUUGGCUUUGCACACCUGCCUGCUCACACCUAUGCACAGCACUCACCCACAUGCACGACAAACAAAAACAAACAACCCCCUUCCCCCACAAGCUAACCAAGCCAUCUCCCCUCCAGGCAGGGAAGCAAGGAGUGCGAGAUGGGUCUUGCUGUCGGGGAGGAGAUCUGACACUACAAUGAUGGGCUCUGGCAUGACCCUGGAUGCUUUUUACACUCACUCUGCAGUAAGUGCAGGGCUUCGCAGGGGUUGAUUUUAAAGUUAAUUCAGGAAAAGAGUCUUUGAAACAAGGCUGCAACCCCCUACUCAGAGCCUGCAGUGGCCUAGAAAUGACCCCGCUAGACCCCGAUCUUUCCCUACCUGGCCCCUUGUGCAGUGACUCCUGCAUGAAGCAAGGAUGCAAUCUUCGCUCUGUCUCCCCCAGCCAAGGGUUGACAGUCCCCAGAAGCUUUUCCCUGCCUCCGGAAGCUGGGAGAAGGGGACACUGCCUUGUCCUCCGGAGCCAGCGUCCCCUUCCUCAUCUACCUCUCCCAGCCAUGGGACGGGCAGGGGUCCUUCAACCCGUUCUAGGCUGCUGGGGUGUGACGUGCUACCCAAUCGAUCUCCCGGCCUGUGAACCUGGCACUUUCCAGCAGCACUGAAUACACUAAAAACUCAAAGGGAAAAUCCUGUGGAGAAAGGAAUUAGCGAGAUGCUCGGUUCCAUCCGCCUAGGCAGUGCCUCUCUGCUCCAGAGGGGCAGCUCUUCACACCCCUUCAACCAGCAUUAAUUAACCCUUGCAGUCCCCCGUUACAGAAAGGGGUUAUUAGCCCCUUUUGAUAGACUGGGGAAACUGCAGUGCAGAGUGUGUAAGGCACAGAUCUUCCAAGGGACUGAAGUGUCUAAUUCUGAUUGAAAUCAGUGGGAGCUAGGCCUAAAUGAAUCCCCACUCCCACCCCCAAUAUUCAGAGCUAGAGGCGCAAACAGAUCCCAGGACUUCUUAUGUCCAGACCUCUGGUCUAAUCACUAGACACUAAACUCGGCAGGCCUGCAAUGGGCUCCACCUAUUUUUCACCACCCUGGUUGCACAAAGGCAGAUCUAAUCAUGUCACAUGAUGGCAUCUUCUCAUAAAACUGUCCCCAUACAUUACAGCCCUGAACAGCUCAGGGGCUAGGGACUGCAGGGCUUCUUUAAAUAAAACCCUGUCUCAUUAGCUGCCUCUCCCAGGAGUGCAUUGAAAUGACUCCCCGCUGAUUGAAAUAAACGACGGUAGCCAAGUGCAGCUGCAACAAGCUAAUCAAUACAGCGUAACGUGGGAAAUGGAAUCGUCUACCCUAGCGUCACUCGCUAUGUUUGGCUGGAAUGAACUGGCCUUGUGGAUCUACUGGCGUUUGAAUUGGUUAAAUCUUUUCCCCCACACAUGCACAGGCUCUUAAAAUGCAAGGACGGGAAUGAGACUGAGUUAUAAAGGUUCUGUCACUUCUAGGGCACCGGGUUGAGUGGCGAUGCUACCUGAAGGCUGUUGGGUUUCCAUAGGUGACAUGAGUUUGGGGGACCCUCAGUCCAGCUCUGAGCAGACAAGGUGAACGACUCCAGAACGGGCACCACAUCUGGUGCUAACUGGUAGUAGAGAGACUGACACCCAGAUCUCCAAACGUGUUUAGGUACCUAACUCCCUUUGACUUCAGUGGGAGUUAGGAGCCUAAAUUAGACCUGAGCAAAUAAUUGAGCUAACCCCGUCUGGAGUUGGUUCUCCCUGGCA